UGUGUACGUGGCUGGCUGGCUGGCUUUGAAUCUCCCUGUGCAAUCCAGCCAACCAGCCAGUGCAAGGGCGACACACAUGUCUAAUCUAUCAAGCAUUCACUCACUGGGAAACUCAAGUGCUCCGGAAAAUGAUCAGAAUUUUCCAGUGCAAGCACGACAGGAUGUUGACCAGAUAGACCCGGCCCAUGACUUCAGUUUUACAACGUGAUUGACCUUGGCAUUAAUAGCCUUGCCAACCAUAGCAACGAAUGAACAUCGUUUGUAUACACGCACACAGUGCAGCUAAUGAAUUACACCAUUAGUCUUUCUCGUGUAUAUCAAGUUAAGUGCGCCUGUCUUCCUGUCAUUGUCAUCGUCUCUCAUUAUUCCCCGAGCGAAUUGUCUGCAUGAGCCUUUUUAAAUGUGGAUGAUAUAGUGCUAUAUCGUCUUGAAAUAAAUGCGGCACGCUUCAUGGAAUUUGAACUUACACUCAAAUCCCUUCAAAGAACUUUGAACGAAACUAGAUGCACAAAGGAUAAAGAGGAGAAUUGUCGAGACUGGUAUUUAGUAGUUGUUCUGAUAAUCUCUACCAAAGUGCAAUUUAAACAUUCAAACAUCUCCAACCCCAUGGAAAAUUGUUAAAUAAAGUGAGUUAUAUUUGGGCCAUAAGCUAUUCUGAUAUUCUUGAUCGACAUCUUAUUCAAAUAUUGACAGAUAAUAAUCUGAUCAUUGACACAGGCAUGAUGUCCCAGGCGAAUACUUUGAAACCACGUAGCAUGCUACGAAAAAGACUACCUCGCUACAAAUUUGAAUCGUCUGACAGGACCCUCCUUCAAAAUUUAGUCAAUAAAUAUAUUGGGAUUCUUGAGCGCAAAGCCAUCAACCAGAAUAUGCUGGAUGAAAAGAAGCGCGCCUGGCAGCUCAUAACGCAAAAGUUCAACUCUCAGUCCGUCGAUAAGAGAAUUCGCGAUGCCAAACAACUGCGAAAGUGUUGGGAAAAUAUGAAAUGGAGGGCGCGUCGUGAAGUAAAACAGGCCGACAUAGAGGUCGAGGGUGACAUGAGCAGACACAACGGACACCAUCUCUCAGACUUCACCCACCCCUCCCAUCUCACAUCUGGUAUGAUGGGGGUGGGGGAAUUCAUGGGUGGGAGCGUGGAACAAGAUGACGAAGGGGAGGAGGAUGACAACGAAGGGGAGUUCGAUGAUGACGAUGACGAAGAGGAGAUGGUGGCGCCUAUGGGCACCGAACCGAUUGAGAUUAGCGAUGAUCUAGAUCAUCUGGAUGCCACAGAGACGAACGGGAAUCUCCCCUUGCCUUUGACUACCCCCCAUGGUGAUCCGCGGCAUCCCAAUGGACUUCCCAUAUCUCACCCGCCAGACGAUGAAUUAAUUGGCAGCUUCGUCGCUGACGCUUGGAUAGCAGAAGAAGCACCGGGAGAAGAUGGUGAUCGCGAAGAUAUCCACCUGCAAACGGAAAUCGGCGAUGCAUCACAAGAAAACCAAAUAUGGAACGGAUCGACCUCGCCUGCUGGAGGAGGGAUGGGAGGAGGAGCAUCCACGUCGUCAUCGACCAGACACACUCACACACCUCCAUUGGCUGCCAGUGAUACCAGCCAGGACCGCAUCCCUCGGGCGCCAUCGGUCUCAUCCUCAAUGGGCGACGCCGCAGAAUCACUAUCUUCUCGACAUUCCAUCAGCUCGUCAUCACGCAACAACAAGCGACCACGUGACAAAGUGUACACCAAUCAGAGCAACGCACAUCAACCCCGUCGGCCAAGCUCAUCAGCGUCGCCAGUCGUGCUUCUAGACGGAGAUGGGGAGUCGUCGGCAGUCGCUGAGAGAAGUAGUGUCGAGGAAGCAGAGCGGCAGAUGCGUACCGACGAGGAACACGGGAAGAGAAUGGAAUUGCUCCAGGCGCAGCUGGACUUUGAGAAAUCGAAGGUGGAGAGGAUGCGGAGGAUGAUGGAGAUGAGUGAGAUUGAACAUAGAGCGAGGAUGAGGAUGUUGGUUAGAUAUCAACAAGUCGCUGAGAAACAGAAAGAGUACUGGUCGCAUCAUGUAGAUACUGUGAAACGGGACGAAGUAACCGACCAAUUCUAAAUAAAUUAAGUUUGUAAGGUUUUGUAUGCCAACAUGGAUUUCUCCCAUAUGGACUUUCAUAAACAGAUGAUAAAAUGAGGAGCUAAAUUAUGAUAUUUUCUUACAUGGUAUAUAAACAGAGACUUAGAAGAGCUUCUUCUUUUGUUUUUCUCUGUAUUUAUAUAUGACUUUAAAUUUCAUUUCUUUUUGUUUCUUUACACGUUCUGCUUAAAGUAUGGUAUUUGAAAAAGAAAACAGAUAUACCAAAAUAUUCAAUUUUAGUUGCAGCUUCAAAAUUAUUUUAUAUGAAUGAUUGUAUCAUUCGGAUAUAAUACCUAAACAUUGUGAUCGAUUAUGUUCACAAGUAUUGAUUCCUUUUUCUGGUGCAACAUGUUCCAUUUUACAAGAAUAUAAUCAUCCUUGAUGGACAAUAAAAAAUCAAUAUUUUCUUAAAUCUUUGAUCCUCUUUAAUCUUCUUUGAUCUGUAAAUCUAAAUACAUACUUCCUAAAAUGAUGAAUAAUUUCCUUUUUAUCUUUACAUUAUUCAUUACGCAAUAUGCCUUUCCAGAACUAAUGUGUACAUGUAAGUUCAUGCACUGUUUUUCUUUUUUAAUAGAGAUCAAAUGAACUUCAUGUUUUAAAAUCUAUAUUGAUGACAUCUUUAUGAUGGUUUGAUUAAAGGGUAGGCCUUAUAUAUAUGAAGAUUAUCUGAAUGUACAUUGGCAUGUGGCAGGACUGGAGAUUUAUUAUGUUUCAAGUUUAUUUCAUUUUAUAUUGAGAGCAAGUAAUUCAAAGUGGCAGUGUGAUGGGAGACAAAUGUUCUUUACUAGUGUAAUGAAUUGUUAUCCAAGCAUUAGCCAUUCUAUUCAACACCCUGCUUUCAAGUUAAUUGAUUUGUAAUUGAGUGAUAUACUCUCCCUCUCAAUUGUAUGCAGGUUUAUGCUUUUACCAAAGAAAAUUUCUUAUGAAUCUAUGUGUAUGUACAUGUGUUCAAUUUCAAACAUUAUUCCCUUUCAAUAUUAUGAAUGAUUAGAAAAUUGAAACUAUAAAAGGAAUUGCUGCAUAACACAAAUGUCAUAGCACAUUUCAGUAAUUAUUUGAAUUUAUAGUACAAACAUAAAUAUUAAUUCUUCAUAUGAACCACAUCAUUAAUUUUUAAGGGGGGGGAAUAUCUUUUUCCUGUACCUUUGACUUCAAUGGCCUCUUUCCUUUUUUGCUUGGGGAAAAUAACAGUUUCACUGUUUACUAUUUUUGUUACCUUUAGGUUUUGUGUAACAAAUUUAUCUGAAAGACUAUAAGAAAUAAGUAGGUUUGUGUUCCAUUAAAAUAAUCUUGACAUGGAUAUCUAUUUUUGUUAAAACCAGAUGACAAAUUUUAUAAUGUGGAUAGUAAUCAAUUAGAUUGCCUAGUGGAUGUUUAAUAAAGCUGUUCAUAAGAUAAGAGCAACUUUAAGAACGACUGGUGAUCCUUUCUUUUGGUAAAUGGUAUACACCAUUGGCGAUGGUUUAGCACGUAAGAAAGGUUCACCAGUCAUUCUUAAAGUGGCUCUUAACUUACAAACAGCUUUAUGAAAUAGCCCCCAAUUAAAUGACAUGUGCACUGGCACUUACACAAAACUUUUAAUUAACUCUUUGUGAAACAUUCUCAUAGUAUGACAAUCGAUUUGAUUUAUAAAGUUGACUUUAACUUACGUUGACUUAUUAAGGCUUAACUGCUUUUCUAUGAAAUCAUUGAUAUCAACCUACUUAGCAGUUUUCUGUGAGCAUUCUUUAUGAUUUUUCAGCUUUUUCCAAGAAAUAUUUAUUUUGGGGGUUUUACAGACCUAGAGUUUGAAUUACUUUCAAAUUAUUGAAGCAUUAUGUUAUUUCGUAUCUGGAAAGCUUCUUAACAACAACAAAAAAUGAUGAGAUAUGAAAUGGAAGGUUUUUUUUGUCACAUUUGUCAGAAUACUUUAUGGUUCUUUCUAAAAAAAAUUUUUUGGUUAUAGGGGGCUUUGUUUGCAAAAAAUUAAAACUUGAAAUUUGCAAAAACUUGCAAUAAGAGGUUUUAGAAAAAAAAAGAACUUUCAUUUUUAGACGGUUUAUUUUAGUUUACAGACUUUCCUUGAGCAGUACUGUAUAUGAAGGUAUGAAUUUUCUUUUUGAGGAAGUUUCACUUUCUUUAAUCACAGAGAUGUUAGUUUUUUUAUGUACUAAGAGAUCACACUUAGACAUUUGAAGCAUAAAAUUUGGUUGACUAUCACAUUCACAAAUAUAUACCAUAAAAUGCUUUGUUCAUGUUCUUUGUGAUUUUUUUUAUUAUUAUGCAUUUGAGAGCACUUGGUUGCCUUUCCUUCAAAAUAUCUUCUUUUCAUAAGAAAAUAAAUUAUACUGAAAAGUA